GCCACAAGAGGGCGCCGACCCCCCGCUUGCUGCUGACGUGGAGACGGGCCGAGAAGGACGCUUGCGAGUAAAUAUGGCGGCGCCCACGAGCGAGCGGGGCUGUUCCAGAAGCGGCGGUCUACCCGGUUCGGGAAACCCGGACAGCAGUCCGGGGUCCAGGGAGGAGGAGGAGGAGGACGGCAUCCCGGAGCACGUCACCCAAUAUGUGGAGAGCGAGAUCGGCGGGGACCUGAAGUCCCUGAGGAAAGUGAGGGCCCUGCUGGAGAGCCUGCUGGCGGAAAACAAGCUUCUGGAGGAGCAGGUGCUGACCGUGUCCAGCACCGUGCCCCUCCGCGUGUCGGCGGCGCUGUCCGCGGCGGAGCAGGCCCAGGACUCCCUGCGCCACCUGCUCUGCAGAGAGAGGGCGCUGUCCAACACGCUGCACCAGCACCUGCAGGGGGCGCAGUGCUGGGCCGACCGGCUGGGGCCGCCCCUGGGGACGCUGGACCUCACUGCCAGGCACCUGAGCUACCUGAGGUGUCUGGGCCGCAUCGAGGAGCUCAGCUCUACCCCUGCUCCACUUCCUCCUCCUCCUCCCUCCUCGCUCCUCCCUCUGGCUCACCCCCGGUUCUGCUCCCUAACCUCCGUCUCCAGGGACGAUCUCAUCUCCGAGCCCAGGCAGCUGCCCCCCCGGUUCGACCUGCCCCCGGCCGCCCCCCUGCCUCUGCCCAUCCAGAUCAUGCUGCUGCCCCUCAGCAAGAGGUUCCGGUACCACUUCACCGGGAACCGGCAGACCAACACCCCCAACAAGCCAGAGUGGUACCUGACCCAGGUUCUGAUGUGGAUGGGAAAUCACUCUGCCUUCAUGGAAGAGAAGAUCCAGCCCAUCCUGGACCGGGAUGGAGCCCGGAUCAAUGCCCGGGUGGAGCUCUGUCGCGGCCUGCUCUCGCUGGCCCUGGAGAAGCUGGCUGCCGACGCCCCCCGCCUCCUGUUCGACGACGCCCUCUUCUGCCACCUGGUGGACGAGGUCCUGCAGUUCGAGCGCGAGCUGCGCGGCACGCAUGCCUACCCCAGCACGCUGCCCGGCGCCCUGCACAUCCUGCUGGACGACGCCGUCUUCCAGAAGUGGCUGAGCGUGGAGAAGAAACUGGCCGUGGAGAAGGUGGACGCCCUGCUGGCCGCAGAGGGGGCCUGGUCCUCCCAGUACAGGGACAUCGCCGACCUGGACGAGCUGAAGGUGCCCGACUGUGCCGAGACAUUCAUGACCCUCCUGCUGGUCAUCACAGACCGGUACCGCUCCCUGCCCUCCCCGCGGGCCCGGCUCAGUUUCCUGGCCCUGCAGAAGGAGCUGGUGGACGACUUCCGGAUCCGGCUGACCCAGGUGAUGAAGGAGGAGAGCCGCUGCCCGCUGGGGCCCCGCUACUGCGCCAUUCUCAACGCCACCAACUACGUGAGCGCCGUGCUGGCCGACUGGGCGGACAACGUGUUCUUCCUCCAGCUCCAGCAGGCGGCCGUGGACAUGGGGGAGGAGGUGCUGGGGAACCUGGGGGUCACGGAGACGGGGCGGCUGGCGUCCCUGGAGGGCUCGGUGUUCGAGGGGCUGCUGGGCCUGCUGGACCGGCUGCGCGGGGACAUGCUGGGCCGCCUGCUGGACGCCGUCCUGAGAGACGUCAAGGACAAGGCCCAGCCCUACUGCCGCGAGAAGUGGCUGUCCCUACCCUCCCAGGCGGACCAGGCCACCAUGUCUCUGUCCAGCUCCGCGUGUCCCAUGAUGCUGUGCCUGCGCGACCGGCUGCUCCAGCUGCAGCAGCUGCUGUGCGUGCCGCUGUUCCAGAGCUGCUGGCAGGGGCUGGCGGAGCGGCUGGACCUCUUCAUCUACCAGGAGGUGAUCCUGUCCAGUCACUUUAACGAGGGCGGGGCAGCUCAGCUGCAGUUUGACAUGACCCGGAACCUCUUCCCUCUAUUCGGUCACUACUGCAAGAGACCCGAGAACUUCUUCAAGCAUGUGAAGGAGGCCUGUAUCGUGCUGUCUCUCAGUGUCGGCUCAGCUCUGCUCCUGCGGGACGUCCUGCAGCAGGGGGACAGUGGCUCGGACGUGACCUCUGACCCCUCACAGCCGUCACCCGUUGCAGCGCUGAACGAGGUGGGCAUCUACAAGCUCUCGCCGGGCGACGUGCUCAUCCUGCUCAACCUGCGGGCACACUGGCCCGGGCAGUAACCGAGACUGCCCCCCUGUGGUCGUGCUGUAAUGGCACAGCCCUGAUUCGCCCUCGACUGCGCUGUGCACACGGGUACAACACUAACUGGACCGAGCUGCGGAAAGCAUUCCCGGAAAAGUGUGGGAAACAGGCAGAGCCACCUGCAAAUAAAACUGGAUUUCCAGGCCCGGGAAGCCAAGGGAAGAGAAGAUUGACUGAGGGGUACUGUGGUUUGCUGGGCGGUGGGGGGUGAGGGGUAAAAAGGUUUAAGCAUCCUAAUUGAACUGCUAAACCAAUUAAAUUAAAUGGCACCCAUGUAACAUUAUGCCUACAUGAUUAAUCAGGAUUUACAUCAUAAACCCUCCAGAUGAGAAAAACUGG